UGGGGCUCCCGAAAGCGGCCAGCUGUCCUCCUCCUGCUCCCCCUGAGCGGGGAGCUCUGCGUCUCCUGCGGGCUGCGGAAGACCCUUCCAGACUCCCGGGUGGGAAAACCACACCGAGCGCCCCGGGAGGUUGCCAGAUACAAUACUGUACUGCAUGCUCAGGAGUUAGAAAUGGAGUCAAUAUAUCUUCAAAAGCACCUUGGGGCCUGUUUAACUGAAGGUCUUGCAGAAGUGGCAAGAGUUCGCCCAGUGGAUCCGAUAGAAUAUUUAGCAUUGUGGAUUUACAAGUAUAAGGAAAAUGUGACCAUGGAACAACUGAGACAAAAGGAAAUGGCCAAGCUGGAGCGUGAAAGAGAAUUAGCUCUGAUGGAGCAGGAAAUGAUGGAGAGGCUCAAAGCAGAGGAGCUCUUACUUCAGCAGCAACAGCUGGCAUUGCAGCUAGAGUUGGAAAUGCAAGAAAAGGAGAGGCAGAGAAUACAAGAACUACAGAGAGCUCAAGAACAAUUAGACAAGGAGAUGAGAAUGAAUAUGGAAAAUCUAGUUAGGAAUGAAGAUACUCUACAUUCAGAGGAAGCAACACUAGACUCAGGCAAAACACUAGCUGAAAUCAGCGAUCGUUAUGGAGCACCUAACUUGAGCAGAGUGGAAGAACUUGAUGAACCAAUGUUUUCUGAUAUUGCAUUAAACAUUGAUCAAGAUUUGUAGGACCAACCAACCUAAGAGCAAUAAAUGUUUUUGUUUGUUUCAAAUUUCAAA